ACCUCUCUAGUCGGCCAUUGAUUGACUACGGUGAUUGUUAAAUUUUUGGUGAGCCCGUUUGUUUCCUUUUUGGUGUAAAGCGAGGUUAUUUUGAGAUUUGUUUCGCGGUUAUUCACAUUGACAAGUAAUAGAAUAAAUCGUAUUAAGUAAAUAUAUUAUAAUAAAAGUGUUUCAACAAAGGACGAGCAAGAGUAAAUUUUGAAGGAAGCUAAGUAAAUACUGACCCACAUUAGUUGAGGAAUCAAGUGAGGGCGCUUACAAAUCGGCAGUCUACCUCUCGAGGGGCUGACUGUUUUCGAUUACAAACUUUCUAUACCAAAGCUACGUGACAUCAACUGGUUGGAAAACGUCUCAGCGGAAUCCAGCGCAAUGGAUCCUAAUUACGCCACAUCUUAGCAAAUUCUCUCCCUGGUGGAGACAACACACAAGUCCACGACACGCUUUAUAACAUCUCCAGCUACAGUAAUUUGUGUGCGUUAACUCCAGAGAAAAAAUUUCAGCCCACUUCCCCUAUAUUUCCACAUAUGUAUACGCUUUCUCCGUUUUUCUUUUUCAACCUAAACAUCUGGGCAAACAUAUGUCCAACUUGCAGCCAAAGUUAUUGUAUGAUCACAUAUUACCUCGGCUAAUCAGACAGAGCGGCCACAUUAGAUUUAUCCCAAGACGCAUUACCAACACAUCCUGUAAGUCUUCUACACCAAUAACAUCAUUUUUUGGAAAGAAAAAUCAAUUAAAAUAUACAAAGCAGACGAGUGUGUGUAUGAUUUCGGCGACAAAGUCCAACGAACGAUUUUUGUGAGGAGCUACCAGCAGUUCAUUUGAAUUACAACAUUUAUUAUAUUUUUCUUGCCAGAUAUUCUAUUUUUGAAGGCACUAAUUUAAAUUGGCUAGCAAACCUUAUCAAUUUAAACUUCCAUUGUGUGCGACAGCAAAACCAUCCAGCUUUUCUGAACCUUCUCUGCAACAGAUUCCAAAAUGCAACGCUGGUUUUUCGCCGAUGGGGCCGACGAUUGCGAUGCCAUGGCGGCACCAUCCUCAUCAACAACGUCUAUGGCAGUGUUUCAACCUGAUAUACCGAUUCAUGUCAAUUGGAAGUUCUAUGUGAUGAUGAAUCAUGACAUUGCGCCUAAUGAACGUUUGGCGAUUGUGGGAAGCACUGAAAGUCUGGGCAAUUGGCAAUUUAGCGAGUGUAAAAUCAUGAUGAAAGAAGAUGACACAAACGCUUGGUAUAUUUAUGUGAGCAUUCCGCGCGAUACACGCACUGAGUAUCGCUAUUUAGUGGUUGCAGUCGAUCCGACAGCUGAAAAAACUAUUGUGCGCCAUUGGGAGACAUAUCUGAAGCCACGUCACAUUGUGCCCGGAGUAUGCAGCAAAACACGAGAAUGCGAUGAAGUUUAUGGUUCGUUUAACGGCAUUGAAAAAGUGGAUCGUGGCUGGGUCACAGCAGAGACAAUUGUACAAUUGAAAUUUUUCAAUGCCCCAUUUACUUGGAAGCAACGCAUGAAGAGACGUUUAAUUUAUGUUAAAGUGACGCCAAUGAACUUGACAAUACCCACUGGUGGAGGUGCUGGUGGUGGUGGUGGUAGCACUUGUGACCAUCAUACAAUUUCGCCGUUGGAAGAUUCACUUUCAAACGAUACGCACGAUACUCGCGAAAAUGGCGCUGACCUUAGUACAGCAUUUGCUUUUAACGAAGUAGCUGUACUACACAGGGAUGAAUCGCAAAUCCAAUUGCAACCACAGUUCGGUUCUGCCUGUGGUCCCGAUGACAUGGUGAUUUUCCAUUUGACAAUUGGUGACUUUGACAGCACUGCCUACCUCAUCGAUUUGUAUGCAUAUAGUUCGAAAGCAGCGAUGGAUGAACCGCCCUACCACUUGGGCUAUCAGUAUGUUUUGCCUAAUUUACUCAAACGUUCCGAUGGUAAUCUGGAGGUGCCAAUCACUUGUGCCACACGUCAUCGGCCAAUGGGUAUGAUGCAGAUUGGUUAUUUGCUUAUAAAACCAACGAAAUGUAUUAAGUUGGACAUGGCGGUUACAUACACACGUUACUGGAAUCCCAAAUGGACUGGCUUGGAUGUGGGACACCGCGGCUCCGGCACAAGUUUCAAAACAAAAGAUUCAGUGAUACGCGAAAACACAAUAACUUCUUUGAAAAAUGCUGUCGAACAUGGCGCAGACAUGGUGGAGUUCGACGUGCAGCUGAGCAAGGAUUUGGUACCGGUGGUGUAUCAUGAUUUUAUGAUUUAUGUGUCGCUGAAAGCGAAAGGCAGCUGUAAUCCACAUGAUUUUCUAGAGCUACCAAUGCGUGAGCUAACUGUGGAUCAGCUGAACAACUUGAAGGUCUAUCACACUGCUGAAGGUCGUACGCGAGAAGAACGUUGUUUUCAUAACGACGACCUCUUGGAGCAUCAACCAUUUCCACGUUUGGCCGAUGUCUUGGAUGCGAUUGAUUCACAUGUAGGCUUUAACAUAGAAGUUAAGUGGUCACAGCGUCUCAACGAUGGAUCAAUGGAGGAGCAAUUCGAGCAUACAAUCGAUCGUAAUUUGUAUGUGGACUGCAUAUUGAAUGUCGUAUUCCGCAAAGCAGGCCAUCGACGUAUUGUGUUUUCAUGUUUCGAUCCUGAUAUUUGUACAAUGCUGCGUUUUAAGCAAAAUCGGUAUCCAGUCAUGUUCCUGACCAUUGGAGAAAGCACUAGGUAUCAAAAAUAUUUGGAUCCCCGGGGCAACAGCAUCGAAAUGGCUGUAUACAAUUCGCGUGCCAUGGAAUUGCUAGGCAUUGUAGCACACUCCGAGGAUUUGCUACGCGAUCCCACCCAGGUAAAUUUGGCAAAAAGCAGAGGCUUAAUAGUAUUCUGUUGGGGUGAUGACAAUAACAAUAAGGAUACAAUCAAAUUUCUUAAAGACCUGGGAUUGCACGCCAUCAUUUACGACAAGAUGGAUGUGCUGACUAGCAAGGAAGUGAAGCAAAGCGUAUUCCUGCUUCAAGCCAGGGAGAGCCAGAAUGAAAUACUCAAACUGCAGGCGCUGGAGAUGGGCACAUUGUGGCACGAUAAUAUACCGGUUAAGCAGCAAAAGCAAUAGUAAAUUGUAAGAAAGACCGAUGCCACAUUUGAAAACGAAUGAAAAUUUCAAAAUCGUACGAAGCACUUGCUAACAUACCGCAGUAAAAAAAGAACACAAAAUUACAAUUCAUACAUAUUUACAAGCAAAAUAAUUGCCGCCGCAUAUGACACUUCAAUUAACUAACCAAAUCUUUUUUUU